CUCCGUAUCGACAAAUUUUAUCACGUGACCCGAAACAGGUAAACAGAGAGUUUCCCAGCCAGUGUGUUUAUAUACAUACCGCAUGUACACAUUGCAAAGAUUAUCUAGUAUUAUCUUGAAAUCAUGGUGUUUUACUGCUGUGUUCCCAAUUGUAAAUCUUCAGGAUUUGAUGAAAAUGUAUCAAUGCAUAAAUUUCCAAAUGAUGAAAGGCAAAUUAAGGUGUGGAAAGACAGGAUACGUAGGUCAGGGUCAUCGGCUACAAAGGAUGACUUUAGAGUAACAGCCAGCACCAGAGUCUGUUCAAAACAUUUCCAAUCUGUAGACUAUGUUUGCCCAGAUGCAGCAAAGAAACGUUUAAAGUGUGAUGCAGUUCCAUCUGUUUUCACAUGGAUUCACACACCAAAGCGGAAGUCACCGAGAAAGAGAAAGUUUGAGGACAGCGAUGAGACAGACACUGCAUCAGAAGGCGAGGAGAGAGUGCAUCAGGAAGUACAGGCUAAUAUAGUCAUGCCGUGUACUCAUAGAUUCUCAAUGAAUAACAUCGUACAUUCCAAUCCUAAGCUGAAUUUGUUACGUUUUUAUACAGGCUUUGCAACUAUUGCAGUUUUCAAUACCGUUUUAGAACUGAUUGUGCCAAAGAAGGACCGAAGUUCAAUAACAUACUGGGAUCGACGCAAAAGUAGUUCAUACACAUCUGGAGCUGAAUAUUUUGAAAGUGACUAUGAAAUGUCAGAAAGUGAAAGCAGUGAUGAAGAAGAUUUUGAUGCAUCUCAAGCAUCCAGGACUUACAAACUUUCUUUGGAGGAUGAAUUCUUACUGACUGUAAUGAAACUUAGACUGGGGUUAUUUAACAAGGACUUGGCAAACCGUUUUCAAAUUUCGUUAUCAAUGGUGUCAAGAAUUUUCAAUACAUGGAUAAAUUUAAUCUACAUAAGACUAGGUUCUAUGAAAGUUUUUCCUCAUCGUGAUAUAAUAUCAAAACAUAUGACACAUGAUUUUAAAAAGCAGUAUCCAAAUGUAAUGCUAAUUAUUGAUUGCACUGAGUUAAAAAUACAAAUGCCUUCUUCGUUAGUACGAAAGUCACAAACGUAUUCUGACUACAAGUCGGCAAACACAUAUAAAGGCCUCGUUGGAGUAGACAGUCGUGGAGGAAUAAUGUUUGUGUCACAUUUAUACACUGGUGGAAUUUCAGACAAAGUAAUUUGUCAACGCAGUGGUCUCUUUGAUUUGUUAAAACAAAAAAUAGAGACUGGCGAAUUAAAACGUGGAGACGGAAUCAUGGCAGAUAAAGGAUUUACAAUUGCAAACGAAUUGAACGAGAUAGAUCUCUGUCUAAACAUUCCUCCGUUCCUUGGAAAAAGAAAACGAUUGUCUGCUGCAAAUGUACAGGAUACACAUGUAAUAGCUCAUCAUCGGAUACAUGUUGAAAGGGCCAUAGGAAAAGUUAGAAACUUCCAUAUAUUUGACAGAAGAUUACCUAUUAAAUCUGCUGGUGUUGUAAACCAAAUAUGGACUGAUUGUUGCCUUUUGUCAAAUUUCCAGGACCCUCUUAUUGCAAAAACUUCAACUGACGAUGACUAAAGUACUCACUUAAACGUCCGUCUGCUUGUUUUUAAGAUAAGGCACUGCUGAGUUGAUGUAAAAUUGAGCAAGCUUUGGGAAAAUUCUUGCCCACACGUUUUUGUCAUAAAAUAUACGUUCUACAAAUAGUCCUUUGUUCGUGAAAACAACAAAGUCGCACCAAUUUACACCGGCUAUUGCCAUCUGUCCAGUCACUUGGUAGAAGUAACUAUGUGACCUUUUUAAAUGCAGCUCCUCGUCCCUUAUUUCAAGACAGAAGUCUGUAUUUCUUGCUGCUUCCGCGGGUGUAGUAUUUCUAUAUUUAUAUGGGCACUUAAUUUCCAACAGCCCGAAGUGAUCAUAAGAUGACCUGUCUAAAACUUUGCCGUCUGGGGAAGCUCCAAGAUAAGGACAGCUUGGAUUUAUUACGAGUCCUGUGCGAAAUACUGACACAUUAUGUUUACAGUUGUUUUUCAUUUUUUUAGUGUACAAUUUUCGUGCAGUAUCUUCUUUAUCUCUGCCAUGUGAAAUUGAUUUUACACUUGAUAAAUCUUUGCAUGUAAAUAAAUUUUUGACAAAAGCUUCACUUGGUUCACUUUUUCUAUUUAUAACGUCGCCAAACUUUGAUGCUGUAAGUC